AUUUUAGAGUUAUGCAAGUAUUUUUAGUUAUAUUUGGACAAUUUUGUAACCAUGCAUUAAACUCUUUAAUAACCCACAGAACUAGACUUUUAUGGCUGUAUCAAAUUGAUAAAUUACAUCAGAAAGAAGAAUAUUUCAGUUGACCAUUUGGCAUCUGUAUGUCAACCAUACCCAUGGGAAGAUAAAGAGUUCCUUCAACCAGCUCUUAAAGAUGAUCCACUGUUGUGGUUCGAUUUUGAUGAAGAACUGGAAAAAUUUAAAGACUGUGAAGCAAGUUUAAUGUCAAAUGGACUGGGGAAAGAUGGUGAAGGCUUUGUGCCAAUACAGCAGUACAAUGAACUCAAGAGCAGGUUGUUAUUAACAGAGGAAAGAGCAGUUAAAGCUGAAACUGAUCUGGCAAAAGCUAGAGAUGACAUUAACCAAUUAAGAAUAUUAGCAAAAUCAUUUCUUGAAGAUUAUACUCCAAAAAACAGAACACACAAAAGUUCCACAGGAUCUUCAAGUAAAAAUGUUGACGACAAUGAUGAGGACAGUGCUUACUUUAGCUCUUAUGCUCACUUUGGAAUCCAUGAGGAAAUGUUGAAGGAUAAAGUAAGGACAGAGAGCUACAGAGAUUUUAUCUUGGGAAAUCCACAAUUUUUUCAGGAUAAGGUUGUGCUCGAUAUUGGCUGUGGAACUGGUAUUUUAUCCAUGUUUGCUGCUAAAGCUGGAGCUCGGCAUGUAGUYGCMGUUGACCAGUCAGAAAUCAUAUAUCAAGCUAUGGACAUUGUACGUGAAAAUGGACUUGAAAAGGUUGUCACUUUGGUAAAAGGAAAAGCUGAAGAAAUCUCACUUCCAGUCGAUAAAGUAGAUGUUAUUAUAUCAGAAUGGAUGGGUUAUUUCCUCUUGUUUGAGUCUAUGUUGGAUACUGUACUGUUUGCUAGAGAUAAAUGGCUCUCACCAACAGGAAAAGUUUUUCCAGAACACUGCACAAUUCAUCUAAUGGCAAUGGGUACUCUUGAGAACCAACCAACAAAAUUAAGCUUUUGGGAUGAUGUAUAUGGAUUUAAAAUGUCUUGUAUGAARUCCUCUGUCAGUAAAGAGCCYUGUGUAGCMAAUGUGGAWCCAAAUGCCAUAAUWUCAACAUCAAGUUGUAUMAAGCGCCUGAAUGUAAAUAAAUGCAAGAAAGAAGACCUCAAUUUUAUAUCAUCCUUCAAGUUGAAAAUUAACAGGAAUGACAAACUAACGGCAAUUGUCGCAUACUUUGAUAUUUUGUUUGACAAGAACGCAACAAAUAAGGUUGAAUUCAGUACAAGUCCCGCUCAUCAAUCCACACAUUGGAAACAGACCGUGUUUUACUUGGAAAAGCCUAUAGAAGUAACUGAAGGUCAAGUUUUAUCAGGACACAUUUCUUGCUACAAGAAUAUCAAAGAUUCGAGAUCACUUGAUAUCAGAAUUGAAGCCACUGUAGAUGGCGACCCUGACAAUAUCAUCUUUGACCAAGAAUAUCUUUUACAAUGAUGAGAUGUAACGUGGUGGCAAAGAUUGGAGAACUGUUGUGAAUUGGUUAUUUAUUGAUUAGUAAUUAGACAAAAGAAAGCAAGGGAAUUGAAAGGAAGAAAGAGAAGAAGAAAUAGGCAGGAAGAAGGAAGAAAUUGAUAACAAAGAAAAAAGGAAAGAAAGAGGUAACCGUUGCUAUGAAGUGUCCGUAAUGAGUUGGUGUAAAUGGCCGUUACCUAGUUACCGGCGUGGGCUAUUCUACGAAUGUAGUACCCUAUUGUGUGUGAGUUUUAUAUAUAGGGUCACACUAAGAGUGCACUGUUGCUAUAUUUAAGCAGUCGGCCUGAGCGGUUGGUUUGAGCGAUAUUUGUUAUACUGUCACAAGGUAGUACUAUUACUUUCCAGACUAAUAUAGGAUGAAGACUUUACUGUUCCUGGUUGUUGGAAUUUUGUUGAUAAAUUG